CCUGCCACUGAGCCUGCCACUGAGCCUGCCACUGAGCCCGUUGCUGAGCCCGCUGUUGAGCCCGCUGUUGAGCCUGUCACCGAAGCCACGAGUGAGACCGCACCUAAUUCUUCUACAAUUUCUGCAGAGGUUACCACAUUCAAGCAAUCCUUAACUUCCGAAGAAGAUGAAGCUGUUGGUGCUACUGACGAAGUCCUCGAGCCUAUUCUUGCAGACUUUUUGGUAGAGGAUAGCACCCGAGGACUCGCAGUUGGGUCCGCAGUUGAGGAUGUCACAGCACUGUCCCCAGAACUUUCGUCACAAGCAGUUGAGGAAACAGGCUCUGAGAUAGUUGAGCCUUCCAAUGUCCAGAACACCAAAACUGCUAUCGACACUACUUAUGAAAAUCCCGAAUUCACCAGCGCGCCGGACAGCAUAUUUGUCACAGAUCCCAUUGUUGAAGCAGUUUCAGUAAGCGAUUCCACGACGAAGUCCACCGCCCAGCCUAUGGACGAAAAGCGAACUACCGAUACUGCUCGCGACAUCAACACCGGGAUGACCAGCCCUAUUACCAAGCCUCAAUCCGUACCAGCUGUUGUUGCCCAUACUGAGCCUGCCACUGAAGACUCGCAAACACCGUUCGUAAAGCCUGAGGACACCGUUGCCCAGCGUGCAGAAAAUGAGAUUACCACCGAAGAGUGGUCAACCAUGAACGCAAAGGAUAGGAAAAACAUGAAGAAGAAGCUUAAGAAAAAGGGACUUGAACCGAUCAUUCAAGACUCAUUCAACAUUCUAGUCCCCACUGCUAGCAAGGAUGACCAUGCCGUCCCAGGCGACGAGGCUGCCGCAGUGAAUGAAGCGUCUGAAACAAAGCCGGCUAUGGUUGAACUCGAGCCCACCCACGAAUCUACACCUCAACCCUCUCAGGAUCCUUCUACCGACCCAUGCGCCACUGAAGCCGUGAAACCCCAAGAGCCUGAGGCUUCGCAUGAGGAACAGCAUACGAUCGCACAGUCUGAAGAGGCCCAGGAAGUCGUUGAGCAAAACAAACCAGUUGAUUCAAACUUAUUGGCGGACCGGGAAGCGGAAGAGCCACCAAGAGGGCUAGACAACGCCAUCGAAUCUGUGGUACCACUAAUAGAGCCUGAACCCGUAAUCGAAUCUUCUGUCAAUGCUCAAGCUACCGCGGAAUCGACCUCCAUCACUGCUUCGCCUAUUGCAGAAACGGCCCUUGAAGAGCAACUGGUGUCUCCAUCCAAGAGUAAGAAGAAAAAGAAGAAGAGCAAGAUGCAGCAGCCAUCCGAAGAGGAAGCAACUUCUGUAGAGCCAACAGUCACCGAGGUUGAAGGCGCAGGUCCAGCUGAAAUUUCUAAAGCUGAAAAAGAUGCGUUUGAUGCUUGGACGGAGCCAGUCGCGCCCACUGAACCUUCUGCUGAAUCAUCUGAAACAGUUGCUCAUGGUGACUCAGGUUCUAUGGUGGAACCACUCUCAGAGUUCCCUGUUGAGCCUGUCGAUGCAGAUGCAUUCGAUGCCUGGGCCCAACCAGAUACCAUGGCUGAAAGCGUAGAUGCUCUAGAGAAGACACUGGAUAAAUCUACGAAAACUUCUGACCCGGCUUCCGAAACUCCGAUUGUAUCAACACAGGGUGACAGCGCCGCUACGCCCAAGUCGAAGAAGAAGAAAAAGAAGAAGAAGGGCGCCAGAGCCGAUGAUGAGCCAGUGGUGGAGAAACAAGACAUGCCUCAAAUAGGGGAACCUCUUCAAGUUGAGGACACUGGAGACAAUGAAGCGAUUAAGGAUACCAACAAAAGCUUGAUAGAAGAGCCGCCCGUUCUGGUAGCUGAGCCCGCCGAUGUUACUCAAGACGAUGAGGCUCCGGACUCACAGCCUGUUUUGUUAUCCAAAAAUAAUGAUCAAGUUCUUGAUCGUGAAAAGGCUUCUCCAGUUGAGGCUCCCGAGCCUGACGAUCCUGAGUCCAAAGAUGAUGUCGACUAUCAUCCGACCGCUCGUGAUUCCCACACUUCCGCCAAAGAUGCACGAAAAGAUAGACAAAGCCAAGGAUACUUCCCAUCUGCUCUUCGUGCACUCCCCGCCACGGCUGGAAUUUCCGCUUUCAAGAGGAUGUGGGGAUUCCGGGACCAAGCGCAGACACAAAAUAAAUCGGGCGAACCUGAACCUGAUGCUCAGACCCAGCCUGAUGCAGUAAGUGCUGAUAAGUCAGCGGCAACAGACACUAGGUCUGAUAUUAUUACACCGAAACUCGAUCGUGACGCUCCCAGGGAUAAAGAGACUACUAGCGUAAGCGCUGAAAACCCAGAAGUUGCCGACAUCGAGCCAGACAUUCCCGCUGCUGAGACCGCUCCCGAUACGCAUGCCAACAAAGCGGCUCACACCACAUUAGAAGCCCAGAUUUCGGAACCACUCUUCUCUCAAGGAGAUGCGCCGGCAGACGAAUCUCAAGGAACUUCUUUUGGACUGGAACCUUCUCAAGUUGACGAAUCAGUCAAAGCCACAGGGGAUGCUAACCGCGACAUUCUUGCUGAGGAUGAAGUGACUACCACCAUGGACAGACAGCUCACCGAGACAGCCCCGAUCUCGGUUGUUGAGGAGGAAUCCGCCGAAAGGUUAAAAGAUAAUGGCAUAAGUCAUCCGGCAACAAGCGUGGUGGAGGCAACAGGGGCUACUGAAGUCAAGUCCGACGAAAUCAAACAAGAAGACUCCUCGACAAUAACUACGGCUGAUGAUAAGUCCCCGGCACAUGAAUCCACUGAGGCUACGUACAAGGACUCAACAAUACCAGCUCAGGCUGAUCUUGGCCAGCUUGUCAAAGAAGAGCCUAUUAAUCCAGUUGAGGAUGAGGACGUGAGACUUGUUGAAGCAGGCUCAGAAUUGAGCACAAAGCCUGUCGAAGCCAGCACUGAAGAAGUGUCCAAAGAAGAUGCCAGCAAGACAACUGGAGGAGACAGUGCGAAGUCCAGUGUGGAAGCAACUGGCGAAAAUAACGAAGCCGACGCAACGGGAUUGAAGAAGAAGGCCAAGAAGAACAAGAAGAAAAAGAAGAACCAACCUAGCCAGGAUGAGGCUCCCGAGGAGGAGACCAAAGAUACUACUACGCACGUUGAAAUCAGCCAGGACGUAUCAGGUGCCGAAACAGCAGUAGUGCCUGGCAGAAAUAAUCUUGACAUUCUGGUGCCAGAUCCCAUGGUUGAAUCUUCUGACUCUGUUGUUGAGAAUGCUCUCCUCGACCAGAAGCCUGAUGACGAGUCGACACAUGGCGUACUAGACGAACCAGAAGCCAAGGACCAACCACCGUCUGAUGAUAGGCCAGUUGAGAACGAACCUCAAGAGCAGUCACCGUUGGAUACUGCUUCAGUGGCACCGCAAACCAGUGAACGGUUGCAGACUGAUGAUCAGGUGUCUGAGCAUGGGCAUAAGGAACGGCUGCCGAGUGACGCUGAGCCGACUGAACCUGAAAUCAAAGAACGAUCACAGAUUGAUGACCACUCAGCGGAGCAUCACGUUCCGGAUCAAUCUGGGAUCGGAAAAGAGCCAGUGAAGCCUAAGGUCGAAGAACUGGCGCACAUCAAUGACGAACCACCUAAAUCUGAGCUGAAGGAACAGCUUCAAGCCGAUGGCCAGUCAUCUCAGCCUGGAGCUGAAGAACAGCCCCAAAUGGGUGAUGAAUCGUCCGAGGCUGUGUCUAAGGAACGCUCGCAGACCUAUCUCCUAAUGGGGCCCGAUACCGAAGAACAGGCACCCACAUUUGGCAACUCAACUGUCCCUGAUAUCAGGGAUGAAUCACAAACAGCAGACGUGUCAGCUGGGCCUGAAAUAAGAGGCGAGGCACAGAGCGAAAAGCCAGUGAACGAACAUUCACUAGAUGAGCUACCACCGGCCGCAGAUGAUGUUUCCCCUCAACUUGCUCUUGAUGAAGCCCUGCCUCCAGAGAGACCAGAUGCUGAUCCUCUAGAGGUGGAAGCCGCCAAGGAAGAACCCUCACUCGCAGUUGGGAGCUUUGAGGCAGAGAGCGAGAAGGCAGAGAUCGAAGCUCUCCUGGAGAAGAGAGAGAGGAGAAAAGGGCGUCUUUUGAAGAAGGAUCAAAUACGUCUUGCUGCCCUUGAAGAGAGUGCCGCUCGAAGAUUAGCGGCACCAGUUGUCCCUGAAGUCGAAGAGCAAGUUUCUGAGAAACCGAUGGACCUCAGCAAUACUGAAGGACCCGCCCAGGAGUCUGAAACAAUCGACACAUCAAAGAAGGCCGAGGGCACUCUAGACAAUGACAAACAUCACCCAAGUGAGGAAGUGCCUACCGCCAGGCCUCCGGAUGUCAGUGAAGUCCGCGCCAAUGAAGUUUCGACUGAAAGUGAGACUCAUGAUGUUGGACAACCGACCGAGACCACCGAGGCGGCAAUGUCCCUGCCGGUUGUAGAAGGGACCGAGGAAAACAUUGAUGUUAUUGACACGGUUGUGACUGCCGAGCCUCAAGAUGCUAUAGAAGCUCCUGAAGGCGAAACUUCAGAGCUGGCGAGCAGCAAGAAGUCAAAGAAAAAGAAGAAGAAAUCGGUAUCUCUUGUUGAGAACGAGGAAGUUCAAGGUGCAGCAACACAGAACAGCGAACCGCCUGUUAUAGUAUCCGAGCCCGUGCGUCUCGAUGAGUCUACAGCCAGCGUCAACGAAGUACCGGUUGCGGAACCAGUUGCCAAGGAGGCGUCAAUUGAAGUGCCACCAAAGGAUGCCGAACAGCCUGACAUCCCUGCUGUGAGCCAUCCCUUGGAGCCUGCAAACGAGAGAACGGCCAUUGAAAGCCACCCUGAAGCAAAUUCGGCUGCUAUUGUGGAAGAGGCCGAGCCAGAGACCUCAUCCGAUAAGAAGAGCAAGAAAAAGAAGAAAAAGAAGAAGAAUGCCUCUUCUGACGAGCCAGAGAAGCAGCCUGAAGCCGAAUCCACACUCCAAGAACCUCCUGAGUCUGAUACAGCCAAGAACUCUGCCUCGCAAGAAGCAGAGUCCGACGUUGCCCAGACUGCAGAGUCAAGUGGCAUUGAGCCUACAGAAACGCCUGUCCAUCAAGAUGAGCUGUCGCCUCCCAUGGAAUCGAAAGUGAUAAACACUGUCGAGACUACCCCAUUAGAUGAUGAGCAGACACAGCCAGCUGAUGCCAAGACCACCGUAGAAACCCCUUCUGUCCAGGAACCAACACCAGCCACCGACAGGCCUGAUAUUGUAGCACUCGAUGAACCUCCCUCCGAAAAUCCUCCCAAAGUCGAGGAACCCGAUUCACCGGCGAAACUGUCAAAGAAGGACAAGAAGAAGAAGAAGAAGGCCGAAAAGAAGAAGGCUGCUCUUGAAGAAACCCAGGAAACUGAAACUGAGCCUGGCCUUGCUGCCUCUUCUCAGGAUGCUGACGUUUCGGUCGAUACUGGAAUCAAUGCCCCAGCCGAAAAUCCUCAAGCCGCGCACGAUGAGACCCCUAAGCAGACCGAUGAAAACGAGACAUCUGACACAGCGGUUCCUUUGGAGGAUAAAAUAACUCCUUCAGCCGAUCAUAUCAAUGUACCAGAUACCGGUAAUUCCGGAGAGCUUCCAAGCGAAGAACCAGCUGGUCCUGAAGACGAGCGGGGUGGGUUUAGCCUCAGUCAAUCCCAGACCGACCAAAAGAAGAAGGCUAAAGACAACGAUUUUGAAAUCCUGCAGGACCCCGAGACCAACCGUCCAACGGAGCCGGAGACGAUUCCGGAUCCGGAAAAGCAGGACGUCGCCGCCGCCGCCGUGGAUAAGGCCCAGAGCAAAGGAUCUACAGAGGGUACAAAACGGAAGGAGGACACGAGCAUAGCUGGCGAUCUUGAAGCCUCUGUCGGGUCCGGGACGAAGCUGGAGCCGGAAUCGGAACCGGGACAGGAACUAGAAGACAAUAAGGAAUUUGCAGGCUUGUCAAAAAAACAGAUCAAGAAGUUGAAGAAAGUCAAGGCUCUGGCUGCCUUGGACUCCUCAUCCAAACCACAGACGCCCAAGGAAACCGGAGCCUCUGAAGAGGUACCAUCGGAACCAUCGGCUGAAACUGGAUUGGAAUCUGAACCAAAGCCCCAGGUUCAAUCCGAACCUGUUGCACAAAGCUCUACCGAGGCAGAUCCAGAGCCUGACUUUAAGAAUGAGAAAGAAGGACUCCCGGAGAUUGAGGAGAUUGUACCUAUAAUUGAGCCCGUCAUUGAAGCUGAAUCUGAGUCCAAAAAUGAGACUCAAUCUCUGGACAACACCAAUAUUCACUCUCCGACUGGACAAGCUAUUGCCAAGCCUGAAGCUGAUGCCGGCAUUCAGGGAUCACACCUUGAGUCUAAGCAACAGACAGCCCCUGGACAGGAUAUCAUUGUUCCUGCGCCGGAGGUUGAUACUGAGGAUCAAGUCGCUAAUUUUGGUAAAGGCCCAAUUACUAAUAGUGCAAUUGAGCAGAAGAGCGUGGUGGAAAUUGAUGCUUCAUUAGAAUCUUGGGCUCUACCAAGACAGACACUCAAAGAACAUGUUGAAACGAUUGAGGUCUGUGGCUCAAAAUUUGAGGCGGGAAAAGAGGCCGAUGUCGCAGCCAAGCCAAAUCUCACGGAAGAGCUCAUUCAAGAUCCCUCGCUCUCUUUCGGAAUAAAGAAUGAUACGACAGACAGCACAUAUGUCAGCCUAUCUGAGGAAGCUGCUGCUUCCACGGUGCUCGAGUCUUCUUUGUUAAAUGAGAAUAUAUCGACAGGCGCACCUCUCGGAUCUGCGGAUGAAAUUGCCCCUGGACAAGCGACUGAUGAUAAUAUUGAGUCUAUUCCGCAGCUUUCUGGAGCUUCUGCAAACCCCUAUUCGGAGCUCGACUCCGUCAGUGGAAACACUGAUGUUCUACAUGGUCUCAAAGAAGGCAAACCAGAUCAUAACCGGGAACCCAGUGUCACAAACACAGCUGCUUCUGAUACCGUUGCCUAUGAUGUCUUCACCUCCUCACCACAGCAGAUUGCAACGAAGGCAGUUGAACAACCCCCCCUGGGCAUAGAGUCUUUCGAGGACCACCCUUCACCGCCAGACACCACUGAACAAGCGUCAGAUAUUCCCGCCCAGCCCAAGUUGCCGAACUCAACCUCUCAACAGGCUCAUGAACAGUCGCAUACUCCACCUAUCCCGCUCACCGUUCAAAAGGUUACCGAUGCUUCCAGUCCAGAGAGAGCACCUACAGCUACUUCUUUCUUUUUAGAGAAUUCAGCAGACCCUGACCACGGCAUGACUGAGGCCUUUGAAAGUUUGUCUCCAGCAGAGAAAAAGAAGUUGAAGAAAAAGAAAAAGAAUAAGAACAAGCAGGAGGCUCUCAAUGAAAAUGUCGAUCAGGUGGAGGAGCCAAGCAAACCCGCUGACGUCGACAUCGCUCCAAACCUCGCAGUCGUUCAUGAAUUGAUGACACCUGCAAAUCCUCCAGCAAACUCCGUAAUUACUGCUGCAUCCACGUCUGACCCAAGGGCAGGCUUGGGAGCCUCUGAUUCCCCUGUAUCUGCCGCAGAAUCCAAAUCAAUGAUCCCUCUUCAGAUUGCUGUCGACAUAGAAAAUGAGGAACAAGAUCAAUUUACGAAGGAGAGGACAACAAAACCCUCUUCCGAAUCUCAACAUGAAGAAUCUUCUUCUGCACCAUCUCAUGAGCUUGCUAUUUCUCAUCGCAAACUCAAAUCAUUGGAUAGUGUAGGCGUCCAAGAUUCCGAACCAGUCAAUGAGGCCGAUGAGAACCAAGUGGCCGAGGGUCUCGCGACGGCGAAUCCACGGUCUCGACAAAUACCAGGGUCGAUUUCGCCUGAUUCUCCAAACCAGCGGAUGGACACUACAGGUGAUGAGCAUCCUCAUUCCUCAGGCCCUCGGCAAGCUGAGAAUGAGUUUACCGCCGAGGAGUGGGCAGCCAUUCCUUCUAAGGACAGGAAGAAGAUGAAAAAGAAGUUAAGAAAGAUGGGUCUCGACCCAAUCAUUCAGCCUUCUUUUGAACCGACUCACUCAAUUAGCAAACCUCUGCCCGAACUUGUGUCCGAAACUAGCCCUCCUAUAUCUCAAAUCGAAUCAGUUAGUGACAAUAGUGGUGGACAACUUGCGCAAGAUCUGGAGGCGCCAAGGACAUCUACUAGUAAAGACAAUGUUGGGAAGAAAACGACCUUCGAGGUUCGCAAUGAUGGCAUCCACAAGGGCUUUCUCGCAGACGCAGCACCUGCACCUGAGACACGAUCAAUCCGCGAGACUGAGCUAGAUCAACAAAAGCCGCUGGAUGGUGAUACUAGACCUUCUCCGAUGCAACAAACCAAGAGGGAACCGAGCAGCGACACAAAGACGGACGACGAAGUUCAGGCUUUGACCGAGACACAAAUCAUAGCAGAGACACCCGUGUUUUCUGGAAAGGAUCAACACGCGUCUAAUAUGCAGGAAGACGUUCAUGGCUCUCUGCUGACUGAGAAUGCAAACAAACAGGAGCCGGGAAGCGAUGGCGUGCCAAUUCCAUCAACUAUCGCGUCAAAAUGGGAAUCACCGCCGCAGAGCAAGCCGAAUCAAGAAGUGAAAACAGAGCAGCUCACUAGCCAAACACCUCCAGAUUUGGAGCACUCGUCCAAAGAUAUUCCAGAGAUCGAUGCGGGUCUUGUCAGCGCUAGAUGUGCCGUAGAGACGCUGUCACAACAGGAAACACGUGAAGCCAGUGAUGAAGUGGCACCAGUUCUAGCAUCUGACUUUUUGCCAGAGGAGACCAAGGAAACCAGGGAACACGAUGAGCCUGCCCUUGUUCCAGCAGAGAGUUUCGUCUACAGCGAUGAGCCAGCCAAUUCUACUAGGGCUGAGACGGACCACGAAGCUUGCCUUCUUUCUGCUGAGCUUGUUCAAAAGCAUCGAAUAGACGGCAGGUCCUGGGACAAGUAUAGUGCGGUUACAUUCGCUCCAUCAACAGAUCACUCCCCAACCAUGAUCGACCAUCCAGCACCUGACGUUCCACAAGAACCCCCCAAACAAGCAAUGAGCUUUGAUUUGGCUGAACUUAGUAACGCUGAUAACUCAGUUGAGGUUUCCAGGUCCCAUCUGGACACAGAAGGAAACUCUGGCCUACGAGUCGUUUCUGUCAAAGAGUCUGAUGAAUCUAUGCACACAGGCACACUCACAACCUUGAAGGACCUGGAGUUUGAGUCAACAGAACCUCGGCACGAUGCCACAACGCGAUCAGCGACAGAUAUCCCUGAUUCAAGAAACGACACCUUAGAUGUUUCUCCAUUUGAUGCACAAGCUGAGCUGUUCCAGGAAGAUCUUGUCGGUAUCAGGCCAGGCGAUGAGAAUGCCAUACUCCCAGAGAAGGAAGAACAGAAGAAGCAGCCGAAGCCGAAUUCAAACACUGCUCCUCUCGUACUAAGCGAUGUCAACAAAAACUGUGCAGUCUUGGACGAUGCCCAAACACAACAGGAAAUUCAAAACCAGCCAACGCCUGCUGAUGCAAUGUUGAACGAUCCUCAUGAAACCCAGCCAGGAACCGGACUUCCAACCACUGACCAGGUUGGGAUUGAUAACAGAGCAGCACUAGCCAAGUCGGGCGAUGCCUUCCCGGAGCCAGAACCACCAUACGGGGUAAAGCCUAUGACAGCCGCAACUGAGAUCGAGAGUAACUGUCACCCCGCUGUGCCUGACGAAUCAAAUGUACCAUCAAACCAAGUUGAGGAAGCUGCUCAGAUGGAAGACUCAACCACACCGCAUUUCCAGAAUGACAAGAACAUAAAGACGGGCUACGCUUCUGAGACGUUAACCACAGAAGAGAAAGCUUCCCCAGAGCUAGCAAGCCGGACGCGCACCGAGUUCCCCCGAGCUUCUGACAGCAAGUCGACUCUGGAUGAUUCAAAACUUGAUAGGGCCCAGGAAGUUAUGCCAAACCUCUCACUUGUGCCCGAGGUCCCGGGGACCGAUCAGGCACCGCAUCAGGCCACAGAAGGAAAGCAACACCUUGAAAACAAGUACAGGGACAACCCUGUUGUUGAUUUAACUGUCGCCGAGAAGGAAGAAGCGGAUGUCCUCCUUCAAGAUUUUGGUACUGGAAACUCCACUGUCAAAACUGCACAAAGUCCCCCAACAUCGACAGGCGAAUCAUCUGCUUUUAGCAAAGGCGGGCCGUCGCUGGCGCAGGUUGAGGCAAAUGCAUCUGUUGGGCCCUCGCCAAGACAGCUCACUGAACCUUCACCUGCUGCCGCAGAAGAUCCGCUCGUAAAGUUGGCCCAAAAGAAAAAGAAGCAGAAGCAAACGGAUCAUGGAUCUAUCGAAGCAGCAAGAGAAAGGAAUCAAGGAAUGCUAUCUAAUCAAGUUGUUUCUGGCGAUCCUGUCAAUAACUACCUUCUCUCAGAACCGAAUGCCCCAGUUUCCAAAGAGCUUGCGACAACGGAAGUGUUAGAUGAUUUACAGCCAAUACUGGUCAAGACGGAACCUGGGAAUAAAGAAGAAACAGACAAGCCGCCACAGGACGGUGACCUAAUCCAUGCCAAGCCUUUUCAGCCCGAAUUGGUAAUCGAAAGUCAGCCAGAUACAGCCGUUCAAGUUGCAUCAGGUCCUGGAACAAGUGAUAUCGCUCCCGCUCCGACAAAAGAUGGUCACAUAGCCCCAGAAUCCCCUGUGGCAACUCCCACCCUGCGACAUAUCCCCGCAACUACACUUGUACAUGAUACAGUGGACGAGGAUACGGAGAUGACGCCAGCUUCCACGAGUCAUUCCAUUACGGCUUGGUCGGAGGAGAUAAAAUCGAGUGGAGAUGUACGCUCUAGAGACAUGACCUCUGAAGAGAGAAGCAGUCACUCCAAUGGGCCAUCAAGUUUGACUGCGACAGCGACAGAGCUGCGUGACAUCAAAUCUAUUGACAAGUUGUCGAAGAAACAAAUGAAGAAAGCCCGGAAGUUAGGCUUGGAAGCGAGAUCCUCUGGACCAUCAGUCUCAUCGGAACAUGCAUCUGCCAUUGAUCGAGAUGCUCAGUUUUCACUUGCAAAUGAGGCAACACAGCUGAAAGAGACUGACAGAUCAUCACCACAACAAAACUUCGAUGCAAAAGAGGGAAAGAGGACCCUAAGAGAAUCCGAGUCGACUUCCAUAUUUCCGAAAGGAUCUCCUGAUGCGAGCCCACAAGCCGUAAAAGAACCUACGGGUCAGCCUCCAGAGGCUACAGUCGCCACCUCGGACGUUUCGAAAGAUGAACCAGACCUGCAUAAAUCCAGCAAGCCCAGUACAUCGACAUUUGCUGGAAUGAUUGCAGCCACUGCCGCAACGUUCAGCUCUGCCAUGUUCGGGGACUGGACAGAAGGCGACAAGAGUAAAGGCGCAAGACAAGAAGAAAAGAAACCCAAAAGCAGGGAUGAGACAGUGGAAGAAAGGAACAAGGAACCGCAAAAUGAUGUGGAAGCAGCAACAAAAGGCUCAAAUGACACCAAAUUAACUGCGAAAGAUAUUGACAAAAGGACACAGGGAGAAACCCCGACGCACCGAGAAGUCCAGGAUGCGAGGAGGAAGAAACCAGAAAGAAACUUCGCUAGUGGUAGUGCUGACCACAAGGAAAGGCAUCGUGACACUGUUACAGAUGCUAAAGACAAAAGCGAACUGGCAGAGAGAAAACCAAAAGCUUCAAGAAAGACAAACAAUGCCACAUCGUCUGUUCAUGAGAUGUUGUUCGAUGCGCCAGGAAAGAGUAGGCGCUCGGAGAGCUACGGGGGAACAUCGGAAGUUCGUGGCACAUCUGAAGGUUCUUCAACAAACCCGAAGAAAGAGCGCAAAUCAACUUCGCGGCAGUUAUAUGCAGAAACGUCAGACACGAUGGAAAGUCCGGUGCUUGGCAAAGGAGAGUUGGAGCUGUUGAGAAGCUCCCCCCAGCCUCUUCUUCGUCGUGGAUCUGACGUUGAGGAGCCUAAAAGCGGUCUGUUACGAGAGGACAGCAAGACAUUUACACCACAGGUGGGAUCGGAAUCGGACAUUAGUGAUCUACGACGAUCACCAAGCAGACUCUUGGAGCCAGUCCCAGAGGUUCCCGAGGCCGAAGUUGAGCCAGCCAAGGAUGCAUUCUCAACACCAAAAGCCAAACGCGACAGCGCUCCUGUUGGUGAAGCAUUGAGCUUCCAGAGACGAAGUAGACGCUUGAGUGAAGAGGCACAUCGUGACAGCGGAUUUGGAGGGGAGGUAGCAACUCUAAGGCGAAGCAAACCUGCUAGUCAAGAGGCUUCACGCGACAGUGGAGUGCAUACCGAAGACUGGGCUGAAAGGGAAAGUCAGAUACAGCCAGUUGCAGACCGCGCGGUCUUGCAAACUCCCGAUCCACCGAGCGAGCGAAGACUUCGUCGAUCUCCGCGAGGCACACCGGUGUUGCGAGAGCCUGCAGUACCUGGACCAACACCGGAGCCAGAAAAGAAGAAACAAUAUGGGGCUCUAACUCCAGCUGGCACGGCAGUCGCCGCCGCUGCAGCGGGUGCGGGCUUAGCGGCAGCCCUACGAGGACGUGAGCCUUCAACACCAAUUCCAAUUCCGACUACGAAUUCCAACCCGAUUUCAUCAUCAGUUUCUGGUCAGAGAAGCGCUUCAGACAAUGCCACUCCUUCUCGUCGGUCAACACCUCGUCUCGAGGGUUCCGGACGUCGAACUGUCUCUAACACCAGCCUCUCUCGGCGUCGGACCCCGGAGCCGCUUAAGUUGAGGCCUGAUAGCCCAGGCAUCAACCGCUCGUCAGGCACCCCCACACCACCGCUCCGCCGUGUUGACAAGCGAAUGAGCAGUGAUUUGCGGGCUCUACGUCAACAAAACACCACCGCCGCCGCACCCAUCAGUUCCACGCCUGUCGCAAAUGAGGGUCGCGCCCGUGCCAAGGACAUGGCCGACGUCUAUGAUGGCUUCGGUGAGGGUCGCAUCGGCUCACCCCGAUCACCAACCCGGCCACACAGCAUGCGCCGCCGACAAAGCAUGCAGGUUCUCGAACUCGAGAAUAAGGUCGAGCAGCUAAUGGCCGAGAACCGAAUGCUCACAGAAGCCCGCGCUAUGGCUGAGACGAGCCUUAGUCAACGAGCUGCCAGCAGUUUAGCCGAUCGCGAUGUCGAAAUCGACAAUCUCAAGCAGUCAUUACAAUUUCUUCAGAACGAAGUCUCUAGACUUACAGAAGUUAACGACGGUCUUGCAAGCGCCAACGCCGAGCUUGCAAGCAAAGACAAUGGCCGUGUAACUGAUCUUGAGAGUCGCAAUGCCGCUGUCGCGCGUGAGCUAGAAGAAGCUCGACGCGAGAAAGGCAACACUGAACAGUCUCUUGAAGCAAAGGACGCAGAAAUUGCCGAGCUUCGCGCCAAACUUGAUUCUGCCAAAGAGAAAAUCCGUGACCUUCAGCGCCAGAUUUUAGAAGCCAAGGCUGGCGACGACCAUUUUCUCAACAUCCGCGAUGAGGAUCAUUUCGACCAUCGUUGCCAGCAACUUUGUUCCCAUGUUCAGCAAUGGGUGCUUCGGUUCUCCAAAUUCUCUGAUAUGCGCGCCUGCCGCUUAACAAGCGAGAUAAAUGAUGAGAAGACAAUUGAUCGACUCGACAACGCCGUACUUGAUGGAUCCGACGUCGACGUUUAUCUCCGGGACCGUGUGAAGAGACGCGAUAUCUUCAUGUCCAUGACCAUGAACAUGGUUUGGGAAUUUGUCUUUACUCGCUAUCUUUUUGGCAUGGACAGAGAGCAGAGACAGAAGCUUAAGUCACUGGAGAAGCUGCUGACCGAAGUCGGCCCUAUCGAAGCGGUACGCCAAUGGCGCGCCGUUACCUUGACUUUACUGGCGAAGCGCGAAAGUUUCAAGCGUCAACGUGAUCUGGAUACAGAGGCUGUUGUUCAGGCCAUCUUCCAAACACUGUGUAAGAUCCUCCCACCACCGUCGAACUUGGAAGAUCAAAUUCAAUCUCAGCUACGACGUGUCAUGAGAGAGGCCGUUGGUCUCUCGAUCGAGAUGCGGACGCAAAAAGCUGAAUAUAUGAUGCUGCCGCCUUUGCGCCCUGAAUACGACGCGGACGGUGAACUUACCGCGACAGUUCAAUUCAACGCAUCAAUGAUGAACGAACGAAGCGGCAGCAUUACAACCUCAAAUGAAGACCUUGAGGCACAAGGUGCCAUUGUUCGGGUUGUGCUUUUCCCACUUGUCGUCAAAAAGGGAGAUGAUAAUGGCAAGGGCGACGAAGAGAUAGUGGUAUGCCCUGCACAGGUUCUUGUGCCCCGCUCCAAGGGUCUGUUCGGUGGCGCAAGUGAUGGUGGGAGCACUUCUAUCGGCGCUCGGAGUCAUAUUAGUCUUGUGACUGAGACAAUGGGUCAAACUGAGGUAGAUUAUGUAGAUUAAGGGAUACAGGAUAUGGGAAGAUACCACUUGGGAAAAGGAUAUAGGCGGUGUUUUGGGCUUUGGAAUUCUGGGGACAAACGCAAUACUAGCGAGGAUUUUCUUUGUUUGUUUCUGGUCUGGGCAUGAAAGGGGAAAGGGUCUCACGUUCUCAGUUUUAUGUUUUAUGUUUUGCUCUCCCUAUCUCCUUUUCACGUCAUGUAUGGGUUGAUCAAGGGCGGUUCAAUCUUCUUCGAUUUCACACGUCUUAUGAUAUUUUCUUGCUUUUCUUGUGCUAUUUAUUUGUGUCUGUAAUGACAUUUAAUGUAUGGACGCCGGAGAUUUGCAGUAUCUAUUGAAUUCCAGCUGUAAAUUAGAUUUGAUAAUGACACGGUCUCAUGAUUUCUUCGUCAAUAGUCUGAUACGUCUUUUGAUUUGUUCUUGCAAGUUGCCUUGCAUCACAUCAAUCCAAAUUAUCUAUUAUCCCUAAAAAGAUUGUCAGGCAUGCGUAUCAAAAGCUGUCUACUGCCGCAUAGGCGAUUCUAUGUUCGUAUUCGUUCCUUUAUUCUUCGGGCCUAUGGGUUCUGCCAAGUUCCACAUGGACCUAUGUUCACGAGGCGCUCAGCGUUUUUAAACUUUUCUCAUCAAAAUUGAUGGAAUACUCUUUCUUCUUCUCUCCUUGGGGUAUUAUAUGUUAACAAGAACCACAUCAUGCAUUACCUAAAAGCUUGAACCUAUCGCGGAGUUGGCCUCUGCCUUUCGUCGUUGAGCCUUCAUGAUAGAUUCCAAAGUACGGUCAUCUUCCACCCUGUUGUCCUCGUCUUCUCGUGUUUCCUUGCUCUCGAUGUCGUACCUAACUCGUCCGAUGGGUGGCAGGGUCUGCUCCCAUGCUUGUCGAAGGGGUCUUUUCAGGCUCUCUUCCAGAGUUAGUUGCAUUGAAUCUUCUAGGAGCUCCUUGGUCGGUUCUUCUGAUUUGAAAUGCGCCUUCCUCGUUGGCGCUGGCAUUCGUGGCAUCUCCCCUCUUCUACGCCUGUUGGUCCAUCUCCACCCAUCAAGUGAGACGGCAACCUUUGCUGCCUGCUCUUUUCCAUAGAAAUGCCUAAUCUUUUUGACCAAAUAUCGAAGCCGUGUCUUGCGGCCCAUCUUACCCUCCUCGAGAUCUUGAAGCAGAAUCUCAGCUAGAAUUUGUAUCGCGGGCUGUGACAUGUGCUGUCCAGUCCUUUUGCCCCAAUUGAUUGCGGUCUCGAUAUAUCUUAGGCGCUGUCGGGUUGUCAGGCCGGGUUUCUUCAUGUAGAACUGACAUAUCUCUUCCAGGAAGUCCAUCAUAAACACAAGAUUCCGUACGAUGGGGGCUUUCAGCCGGGUAGCAGUCUUUGAUGAGCAAAAUUCAGCGAUCUGCCAGAUGAGGUCCGGUGGUAGGUCCGGAUGCGUUACUAUGGCUUCUGCAUGUCGUGCCCACAUGUACCAAGGGAAUUUAUGCUUAACUGACGCUCCUGCGUUAUAUGAUUCCCAAAGCAUGACGGCACAAUACGGGUCUUUCUCCAUCUUCAUCAUAUCUUUUAUAAUCCCAUGAUGAUCGCUCACCAGUCGAAUCGACUUGAUCAAUGUAUCAAGGCGUCCAAAGGUUUCACUGGUAUGUGUAAGCGCCCUCAAGUUCGCUAUGCGUUUCUUGGUUUCUCUAUGACGAGAGUCCUGAAGCAUUGCUGCCCAGCAGUGUAACUGUGUAGGCCCGGUAAUCCAUUUGUAUAAUUGCUCAGGCCGUAUUCCUCCCUGCGUCGUGCUCAUAAGACGAAUAGCCAUGAAUUGCCAAACUUCUGAUUCUGCCCAAUCUUGCAUGUUGUGAACAUUGCCUGCGAGGGUAGAGAAUUCAUCUGCCUUGAGACCUGGAACUGCCGCCAAUUUCAACAAUAGCUGAAAAGCUAACGUACGUUGGUCUGUGGUCUCAUCGACGAACUGGAAGCAAUGUUUGGUCAAAGCUUCAAAUGUCUCCAUUCGCGUCAGACCUCGGGCAGAAAUUAAUCGAGUCAAUUGCAUACUGCGGCGCAAGAGGCGGAAUGAUAUAGGUCGUGUAGGAUAUUGUUCGCCCUGUGCCAUUUCCAGUCGGUUAUGGUUAUGCAUUAGGUCGAGGUAGUCACAUGUAUCUAGUUGUAUUUUUUCGUAUAGGGCAAUCAAUCUCAGUAGCUCCUCAAGGCAAUGGAACGUAGAGGGCUGGGGUGCCAUUUGCAAUAUUGUUUUGAGGCACUGGUGCCAAAUAUGGCUCCCAUACAAAUCUCCAGUUGAGGUGGUCCGGGUACGAUACAUAGCGUGGAUUAUGUAGACCCAUUGUUUGGCAACCCUAUUAUCAAGGACUUUGGCCGGCGCUCGUUGCCUGAGAUGGUCGUCGAAUGGAUCGAGAGCCCGGAUAAGGUCGUCGUUGGAAAUCGUCCUUUCCUCGACCAUCUUCAAGAUUUGAAGAACAUAAGGCUCGCAUAUCUUCUUCAGUGCUUUUUCGUCUUCGAACUUGUAAAAUUUGGCGAGUCGCUCGUUCAUAUCACCCCGGGCCUGUUCUAUUGAUGUGAGAGUUACUGCCGCGGGCACCAGAUCCGCCUCCACCGGUGGUGGUGUAGCAGCUGCAAGGUUGGUAUUUUUUUCGUGUCCCAUGUCCUCGAGGUUCCUGAGAAAGCGCUCGAACAGACCAAUCCUUUUUUUAUGACGGUCAUUCGGUGCAACAGGAGCCUCCCAGGUCCACUCGCCGAGAUUAACGGGCACUUCGAUCCUCCAAGGAAAGGGUGAAGCAUGAGAAUUGGGAACAACGACAACCAUAUGUCGCUUGCCCAAACGACGUCGGCUCUCGAGAGGCCCGGCAUAUGAGCUCAAGCAUCGGCUAGGAAUCGGAUCGAAGCGUUGGAAUCGCUGAAUGGCUCGGGCUAAUAGGGUAUUGGCGAUCCAGAUGCCACUUGGUGAGCUUGCGGCAGGGCACACACCCGAGCGCCGGUACAGUGAGGGAUAGUGCAUCGUCGAAGCAUUGGAAUUCCUCGAAUCGCGGGACACAAUAUCGGAAUUCGGUUCAUGUCAGCAUCGUGGGUACCUUAUGCUCUGCGCGAAAUUCACGUUAGAGCUGGUUUCUUGGAAGGUAAGGCACCUAGGUACUGGUAGGAAAAGGUGGUGGGUGAGAGAACUUUCAAUUUGGAGCAUUUGGCCCAC